AUGGACGAGAUCGAAGCAGAAGAAUUCAACGAAGAUAUCAAGACAUACACACCAAUCCCAAAUACUUUUAAACCUCCGUACCACUGUAUUCAAUCAUAUGAAAAAGGAGUUUCCGGGUAUUUUAAAUUCCGGACUGAAGCAUUUAGUAAUGGCUCGAUAGACAAGGUGAAACACAUCUUCAUGGAUCGUAACACCUUUUAUUCCUUUAGUCCAGAAACCCUAAAAUUUCACUAUAACGAAGCAACAAACAUCACUGAUAUUCAAUCACUGUGGAUAGCAGAAAACUAUCGACAGAAUUACAAAUGCGUUGACCAUCAAAAUUACAUUCCAACGAAGUGCGCAUCUUUCUAUCAAACCAACUUCGCUCCACCGAACCAAAUUGAGUUGACCUUUUUUGCUGCUUGUGCGCAUCAAAAUGGCAUCAAAAUAUUUUGCACUAUGAAAGUUCAAAAUGGUACAUUACGCAAGAAGAUGAUGCGGAAUGUUUUAAAUCUACAACGAGAAUUCAUUUACUAUGUAUGUGAAACAAUCAACUCAAAUGAAGUCAAAUUGAUAUUAGACUUAGAACAUGAAUUCUAUCAACGAAUGGGGUAUCUAGAUAUGUAUCCUCGCAUUAUCUUCUCCAAUAACUUCGUUUCAAUAUUAACUAACACUGACUACUCCGAGGUGGUAGUCGUCGGUAAAACAAAACAUAUUAACACCUUUGAAAACCUUGUUAGUGGGAUGUUGGGAUCUUCUUAUAACACUCCUUUAUUCACUACAAACAAAACUCUUUCGAAAAAUAAACUUAUAGUCCACAAACAUGUGACUUCCCCUUUCUUCGGCGAUACCCCUAAAUCAGGUGACUUGAUAUACGUCUCUCGUGUUGUUGAAGGUACUGUCUUCCUUGCUUCUCAGUCCGUUAAAGUCUCUUUUUGUAAUGAGAAACACACGGAAACAGACUUGGAAUUGAUUUUAAGUGCAGAACUUUUUGAGGUCGUGUCCGAUGACGUCAUCCACUCCAAUUUUUAUUAUCACUUUCGUUCUUGUGAACUCUCUACUAUGCCCGACACUAAAAGAACAAGGACGAUCCUUAACUUUUUCUCAUCGUUUUUGUUACAACGAGCGGGGAUUGAGUAUGACCUUGACUUCCCUAUUUUUUCACAUGAAAAAGACUUGGCUAAGCAAGUCCUUUGCCAAUCAAUUAGGGUUUCCACAAUUAUUCAACAGAAACACAGAAAAACGUAUUUUGAAAAAACGUUAUCACAAAACGCUUCAAAUGACAAAGACAACUCCCUCUUACCAUUGGAUCCGAUCGUCCUCACAAAAAUAUUUGAAUAUUUACCAAUGGAAGAUUUGUUCUCGUUAAUGCACACGUGUAAGAAAUUAAAUGGAGUAGUCCUGACGUGUGACUCCAUUUGGGCCAAUUUCCACCAUUUGUAUUUCCAAACGGUAGGGUUCAAGAAAAUCAGUUAUCACACGCCACACCCCCCAAAAAUAGACUUUUCUCGAACAACCUUUCAAAUUGUACGCCGAGCAAAAGUUCUUGAAAACCGGUGGAAAUAUAAUUCGCCUAUUCAACGAAGAAAUGUCGCAAUCACAAACAAACCAAUCAAAUUUCUCUUCCCACGUUUAGUUGAUCGAAAUAAAUUUAUUCUCUGUGGAAAUGGCUUUGUGAAAAAAUUGAAUUACAGCACAUUCAACUGCCACAACGAAGUCGCCAUUAACGACGAAAUUAUCACCGCAGAAGUCGAACACCGAGAACAAAAGAUGUUUGUGCUCACUAAAAGUUGCGAAUUGAUUCAACACAGUUUGAACUUUAACACACAACCCGAACAUUACCAAGUUGAUGCAAUUAAUGGCGCGACGAUCAUCGAAAGCGCAACGAAGAUCUUGGGGUGGAGAAAGAAUGUUGUUAAGGUAUUAGAUGUCACUUGUGGGCUCUACGAGGACUUUUCUUUCUCGACAGAAGACAACGUGAAUUCCAUGGAAAAGGUCGACGAACAUUUAUUAGCGGGCAGCAUCGGUGGAAAGACUGUCAUGUUCUUUGAUGAAAGGACUGGGAAAGUUGUUACUAAGAUUCAUGAUUUCCCAGACCAAAACGUCGUCUUUGAUAUGUUCAAUGAUUAUCUCAUUGUUGGUACACAAAGUGGGAAGAUAGGGAUGUUCGAUCGAAGAUUCGGAUUGACUUGUAUUGACACCAGAGAGACUCUUUAUCCCAUCGAAAUAGUUAAAUGUUGGAAUAAGAAGAUCGUUAUCGGUGAGAAAAAUGUUGUGUCGUUCUUCGAUUGCAAAAAUGGGUCUUUGGGAGUGUUAAGGCAAUUGUAUUUACAUAAGGAUAAAGUGUGCUCAGUCGAUUUCGAUGACGACUUUGUGAUGAGUGGGUCGAGGGAUGGAAGUAUUAUAUACACUUCAUUCUUGUAA